AUGGAUCCUGGAGGUGUUCUAGCGACUUUACAUUGGUGUCAGCGAAUAAAGGAACCCAAUAAAACACCAAAACGAAUGAAAAAACUUGGAAAAAGUUUCGAAGUGAACGGCCAUCUUUAUUUUUGUAAUCGUUUGGAGUUGGUUGUGAGAAAACAGAACCACUCAAAACUUAUUCAAGAAUAUUCAAACAUAAAACCAAAGCUGGUUUUACCGUCUCCAGUAUUUUUCCUACAAUUGUGCAAUUUUAUUAGCUUUUCAAUUAAGCUAUGCGCUUAUUCACAAAUUGUUUAA